AUGUCGAUACCUAAGCUGGACUUGGAGCUAUAUGAAGGAAGCAUCCUUGAUACCUGCUGGAAAGUGGGCGGCAGCAAAUCUAGGACUUCGACUUUUUCCCAAUUAGAUCGGAAUGAGAUCGCCGCAGUCAAUAUCGUCGCUUGUUGCAAGCAAAUAAAUGAUUUAAUAGAGGAAAACUCAUCGAAAAUUUGCGGAUCGAGUGUUUUGGCAACAAGAAAGAAGCAGAAUCUCAGUUUCAAGGACAUUACACGUUUGGCACACGGAGUCACCGACAUUUACAGGUGUCAGGUGGACAUCCUUUUAGGAGAUACCAAACAUUUGCUGGAUCAAAUGAGACGUACCAACUUGGACUUUGUUGUCACGACCACAAAAUCUGUAGUGGUCAAGGAAUCGGAGAUCCGAGUCAAUCGGAAACGAAAGCGUUUAGUCACCAAAAAAUCGAAGGUGACCGUCUCCAAACGUCCCAGAUGCCAGGAGUCCGAACUUUUGAAUAAAGCAUCUCAGGAGUACUACAAAAAAAUGCUAUCUGAAUGUCAGAUUUGGCAGUCUGAGUGCACACACCAGUUGGUGGAGGAAUUGCAAUCUAUUGAACUGCCGGGAUGCUCUACGCAAUCAAGCUCAUAUCAUGCCAUUACCAUCUUUGAGGGGAGACGAAGUCACGAGGAUCACAGCACUAUCAUUCCAUCUGAGGGUUUUGGCGAUAGCGAUGAAUUGGAUUUAACUAUAUUUGAAGAGCUUUACCCAAAAAAAUUUCAAACACAAUCCUUAAAACGACCGUCAAUAACCCAGGACCCAACAAACAUUUUACCAGAUAAAAUGCCGAGAUUGGAUGAAUUAAACAUUUUUCAAGCUGACAAUGCUAUUAUGACCCAAAUUUUUCCAGAUAACAUUGAACCAGCUGAUACAACUGAGAAAAGUUGUGAACCAUUGUUGGAGUCGUUUUAUUAUCCUCCUGUUGAAAUUUCAUAUAGCCAGCCGAAGAAUCCUCGUAAAAGAAAGUUAAUAAUAGACAAGCAAAUUAAAUAUUCACAAGAGCAACUGGUAAAGCAUAGACAGAAGUAUAUGGAUGAUCAUAACACUAGAGUUUUAAUAGUACAAAAUACAUCUGCAACACGCAAAAAACCGUAUGAACUUUUAUCUAAACUGAACAAGAAGUAAGAAAAUUAAUAAUUUUUUGUUAAAUAUAAUACAAAAUUGUUUCUUUGUAGUAACAUUUUUCCACAUAUUAAUCACCCCGUCGUUAAUUUAACAACUGAAAUGGAAUACGAAGCGGAAAAUACCUUGAGAACCAUAUUCGGCAGCGAGUUCACGGAGAAACUAACUAAGGAGAUUUUUGUUCCGGCAAUCGAAAUAAAGCAAUCAGGAAACCAAGAGGUGUAUAUUCAUCAGCCCGUGCCGCUUGAACAGGAGGACAUUGUACCGCCUAUUUUGCAUUCUGUGGAUGUUAUUAAACAAAGCAACAAUAACAAUUUUUACAAACAAAGUACCCACUGUGAGAAUAAUUUUGAUACCCACAGUGUAAUGAUGGACCUCCUUGAUCUUUGGCGUAAUAAUCCGAAUAUCAAUGGAAUCACUGCCAACGAUUUUUUCAAAUCGUUUAAAGAUCGCACCAAAGCUUCGCUUGCCUUUCUCCAUUUGUUAUAUCUGGUUCGUGACAAUUUUAUAGAGAUCUCAAAGCGAGCUAACUCCAUUGAAAUGGAUCAAAUUACUUUGGGCAAAGAGUCCAUAAAGCUUAUAGAAAAUCUAAUGCAGAGUAAGACUUUCUAA